GCUUCAACACAUCGGAGGAGUCAGCUGCUCUUCACCUCUCCAUACAGUGCUGCUUAUAUUCAACAUACUGCGCUGUUUUAUUUCAACCUUCUCUUUUGCUUUUAUUUCCAGCGCAUUGUUUUAAUGGAUACAAACCAAUGAGAAGAGACGUGACAGCCGGAGAUCUUGGUUUGUGCCGUUUCUCAUAGAACUUUUGCCAACAAACCACACACUCAGGUAUGGCCUUUGCAGAGGAUUUAUGGUGUCCUCAGGGUCAUGCGGCCCUGAUGAAACUCCAGGACUCUGAGCUGCGUCUGAUGGAGGUCAUGAAGAAGUGGAUGACGCAGCGGGCGAAGAGCGAUCGCGAGUUCUCCACGCAGCUGCAUCAGAUGUCAGCAAUGGUGGAGAAGCUGGAAGGCUCUCAGUCCGGUGGAGGUCUGGACUACAUCAGCCAGUUUAACAAAUCGUGGAACGUGUUGGUCAGUCAAACGCAGAGCCUCAGUGGAAUCCUGCGCAAACGCUCCGAGGAACUGUUGGUGGGUCCGCUCAGCAAACUCACCCUCCUCAUUCGGGACAAACAGCAGCUGAGGAAGACGUAUGGGGAACAGUGGAACCUUCUCAACCAGGAGCUCAGCAGGAUCACCCAAACAGAGCUGGACCGACUCAAGUCCAGUUACAGACAGCUGGUACGGGACGCAGCUCAGGCCAAGCGGAAGUACCAAGAAGCGAUCAAAGACAAAGAACGCGAGAAAGCGAAGGAACGAUACAUCAAAGCUACCCUGAAGCUACACGAGCAUCACAAUGAGUAUGUGCUGUCGGUGAAGGCAGCUCAGGUGCAUCAUCAGCUCCACUACGGCAAGAGUCAGCCAGCGUUACUGGGAGCUCUGCAAACGCUGCACGAGGAAAUGAUGCUCGUACUGAAAGAGAUUCUGCAGGAAUAUUUCGACCUGUCUAGUCUCGUGCACCAUGAGGUGGUGAGCGUUCACACUGAAAUGGCAGACGCCCUGAAGGUCAUCCAACCUCACCGAGAAUAUGAGAACUUCAUUCAGCAGAACAGAUCAAGAGGAGAGAUUCCCGCGUGUUUGGAGUUUGACAGCAGUUUGCUGGAGGAAGCUGACGGUCUGAAAGCAGAAGAACUGCAGCUCAAUGAGCUCACGGUGGAGGCGAUCCAGCAUCGACUCACUGCUUUGGAGGAAGAGCUCAUGGGUCUUGCCAGUACUCUGGGUUCUCAACAGGCUACUGUCAAUCAGCUGGAGUUGGACCUGGAGGCUGAGGAACGGUCUGCAAACAUAGGACAGAGGGUGUAUCAGUUCAGCAAGCGUAACGCUCUGGAGGACAGCAGGCAGCAGGUGGUUCUGUCCAUGGUGGCUCGAGCUCGGCUGGAGGCUCAGCGGAGGGUUCUUUCUGAUAAACUUCAGUCUCUGGGCAGUAAGGAAGCUCCGGGUCUGGACCUGGAUGAUGAUCGGAUAUCUAUAACCUCCAACAAUUCAGUGCUGGAACGUGACAAAGAGCACAAACUCCUCAGCAUGGAUGUGAUUGUCAGUCACCUCAGCAGUUUAUUCAAGCCCAAGUACACGAGUAGCGUGUUUUAUACAUCUCAACAGGUUCCUCCGGUGCUGACGCCUGUGCCAGAGAGGGAGAAGCCCUUGACUCAGCAGGGCUGGUAUCACGGUGCCAUCCCUCGCCUGGAGGUGCAGGAACUGCUGAAGAAUGACGGAGAUUUCCUGGUUCGAGAAAGCCAGGGCAAGCAGGAGUAUGUGCUGUCUGUGCACUGGAGCAGCCAGUGUCGCCACUUCCUUAUUCAGAGCUCAGACGGUGUGUAUCGUCUUGACGGUGAAGGUUUCUCUUCUGUACCACUGUUAGUGAAUCACAUCCUCAGCUCCAAAACUGCCGUCACAAAGAGGACAGACAUUGUGCUGAAAAAACCCAUCCUCAAGGACAAAUGGGUUUUGGAACAUGAUGAAGUCGUUCUGGGCCAGAGCAUUGGCCGGGGGAACUUUGGUGAAGUGUUCAGUGGACGAUUGCAUUCGGACAACACACCAGUGGCAGUGAAAGCCUGCAGAGAAAAUCUACCAUUAGAACAGAAGAAUAAAUUCCUCAUGGAGGCCAGGAUUCUCAAACAGUACGACCAUCCAAACAUAGUGAAGCUUAUUGGCGUCUGCACACAGAAACAGCCAAUAUAUAUCAUCAUGGAACUGGUGCAAGGAGGAGACUUUCUGACCUUUCUGCGUACAGAGGGGCAAAACUUAGGGACCAAGAUGUUGAUCCGGAUGGCAGAGAACGUGGUGUCCGGCAUGGCCUAUCUGGAGGGCAAAAAGUGUAUUCACCGAGAUCUGGCUGCACGUAACUGCCUUGUAGGAGAGGAAAGUGUGGUAAAGAUCAGUGAUUUUGGGAUGUCCCGUCAGGAGCAGGAUGGUGUGUAUGAUGCUACAGGAGGGAUGAAGCAGAUCCCUGUCAAAUGGACCGCACCAGAAGCACUCAAUUACGGACGCUACACCACUGAGAGUGACGUGUGGAGUUUUGGAGUGUUGCUGUGGGAGACGUUUUCCAGAGGAGUCACUCCAUACACCGCACCACACAACAUGACUAACCAACAGACCAGAGAAGAGAUUGAGAAAGUGUUUCUUGUUGGUAGGAUACCGCAUGCCAGCACCCAAAAACUGUCCAGAUGAGAUCUACGGCCUGAUGUGUCAGUGUUGGCAAUACGACCCAAGAAAGCGACCCUCGUUUCACAAACUAAAUGCAGAUUUAUAUGCUUUAUGCCAGUAAUACAUUUAUCUAAUGAAGGAACCAAAGAAAAUUAAUUUAUUAAAUUAUUUCAAAAUUAUUCUUCAUAUUAAUAUAAAGCAAAACCAUCUGUGCCCUCAGACAGCAGCAUAUUAAACUGAAUCAAUGUUGAUGCAGAUUUUUUUGUAUAUAUUUACAGUAUUUGAAGUUGGAAUGCAGUCCUUCAAAUGGUUUGUGUCUUAUAACGUUUUAAUAAUUAAUACAUUCCUGCAGAUGGUGAAUUACUUAUGAUAUUUGUUUGUACAAAAAUACUGUAAAUAAAUAAAAUAUGAAAUCAUUCA